GAUGACUGUCACAUUGGAAGAAGAGGAGGAGGAAACUGGAUAUCUGGGCCAGGUUUCCCAAGGGCAUGUUAAGGCAUCCAAUGGUUCUAACGGUGAACGGACCCUGAUUAACACUAGACAGAGACGGGACUAUCAUGGAUUCUCUGGGGAUCCUCAACAACAUCAUGAAGCUGAUGAGGCAGAGAGUCUCUUCAGAUCAGAACACCUCAAGAAACACCAGCAGAAACCCACAGGGAAGAAAUCUUACUGCAAAUCUUCAUCGGAACUUAAAAUACACCAGCGAGUACACACAGGAGAGAAAGCUCACCACUGUUUUGAUUGUGGGAAGAGUUACUCAAGAUCAGAUGCACUUAAAGUACACCUGAGAAUUCACACUGGAGAGAAACCUUUUGGCUGUGAUCAAUGUGGGAAGAGUUUUACUCAACCAAACAGCCUGAUAGUACACCAGCGGACACACACAGGAGAGAAACCAUAUGUCUGUGAUCAAUGUGGGAAGAAAUUUACUGUGUCAAACUCCUUGAUAGUGCACCAGAGAAUACACACGGGAGAGAAACCUUAUAGCUGUAGUCAAUGUGGGAAGAGUUUUACUCAACCAAACAGCCUGAAAGUACACCAGCGGACACACACAGGAAAGAAAUCUUAUGGCUGUGAUCAAUGUGGGAAGAAAUUUACUGUGUCUAACUCCUUGACAGUGCACCAGAGAAUACACACAGGAAAGAAUCUUCACCAUUGUUCAGAUUGUGGGAAAAGCUUUUCAACAUCAUGGUCAUUGAAGGUGCACCAUAGAACACACACAGGAGAGAAACCUUAUGGCUGUGAUCAAUGUGGGAAGAAAUUUACUGUGUCAAACUCCUUGAUAGUGCACCAGAGAAUACAUACAGGAGAGAAAUCUUAUAGCUGUAGUCAAUGUGGGAAGAGUUUUACUCAACCAGACAGCCUGAUAGUACACCAGCGGACACACACAGGAGAGAAACCUUUUGGCUGUGACCAAUGUGGGAAGAAAUUUACUGUGUCAAGCUCCUUGAUAGUGCACCAGAGAAUACACACAGGAGAGAAACCUUUUAUCUGUUAUCAAUGUGGGAAGAGUUGUACUACAUCUAGCCAUCUAAUUGUACACCAGAGAACACACACAGGAGAGAAACCUUAUAGCUGUGAUCAAUGUGGGAAGAGUUUUGGUACAUCUGGCUGUCUGAAGACACACCAGAGAACACACACAGGAGAGAAACCUUAUAGCUGUGGUAAAUGUGGGAAGAGUUUUACUCACUUCAGCAGCCUGAUAGUACACCAGCGGACACACACAGGAGAGAAACCUUUUAGCUGUGUUCAAUGUGGGAAGAGUUUUAGUACAUCUGGCUAUCUGACUAUACACCAGAGAACACACACAGGUGGACAAACUUUGUAGCUGUGAUCAAUGUGACAAGAGAUUCUCCGAUAAAAGACAUCUCAUCAAACAUCAGAAAAUACAUACAUGAAGCAGUUGUUUCAUGAUAUCAAUGAAAUAUCCCACUUUGCAAAAUGUAAUUGAAAAGAUGUUGAAAAUAAGACUAAGUCCGAAGAUGUUUUUCUGGUCGUUUUUUUAAAUUACUUGAAAACAACUUAAUUUCAACAUACUUGCAGCCUAUACACAUGGACACAGUAUAAUAAAUUAGUCUAUAAUCAAUUUUAUUAACAAUCCUACAUCACCAGUAUUUCUUGACAACAUCCAAGUGCUAAUUGUCUUUAUUCCACUACUGAAGAAGCAGGUCUCAAAUCACCUCAUAUUUCAAACAUUCAGCCUGACGAAAGAUACGUUUUAUUAUUCCAUGCCUCACCAUUAAGUGAAUUAUUGCCAAUACAUAUUAACAAAGGGGUGUACAUUUGGUUUUGAUAUUUCAUGUUUACAAUUCAUGUAAUAUUUAGUAAUCAUAAUUAUUUAUGCAACCAACUGACAAUUUUUGGGUACAAUUAUAUUGACAUUGUCGCCCUGCUUUUAGAAUAUCAGGGUUAAUUCUCAGAUGUGCCAACCCAAAUGUACUAGAGCAUGACAUUGGGGACUGGGCCCCGAUCCAACAACAUGCCUAUCGAGUGAACCCUGAAAAGAGAGAGAAGUUCCAGUGAGGUGGAAAGUUACUACGGAUAUUGCAGGA